CCAAAUUGUACUGCAACUGAGCGAGCCAUUGCAAGACUUGCAACACACCCCAUCUUGAAACCGAGAUUUGUUGAACUCAAAGCUGCUGUAAAAGCUUUUAAGGAUGCAAGACAGAACUCAGCCAAAGCCACUCCUUCAAAAAAGGCUAAGCCAGAAGAACAGCCUAAACCAGCACAACAUUUCAAUAGCAGUUUGGAGGACCAAGCUCUUAAAGUAGCUCAGGAACAGCCAGGGCAUGAGCACAAAACAAAAAUGAAUAUGAAAAUAGAAACUGACAGGGUAGCUGAAGAACUUUGUGAGAGUGAAUCUAAGCAGAAAACUGUGGAAAUGGAGGAAACAUAUGCUCCAGAAAAACCUUCAUUUCAGACAGUAGAAAUGCAAGCAGUCACUUGGAAUGAAGCAAGAAAGAAACUUGGCUAUCAAAAAAGGAAAGAAAAUAUGAACAUGAACAAAUUAAAUGCAAUAAAAGAAGUAAUUAAUGAUGAUAGAGGCAAACAGCAUCCUAAUGAAGAGGAGUACUUUGAUGAUAGUACUGAAGAGAGGUUUUACAACCAGUCUUCAGAUUCUGACAGUGACAGCAAUGAUGAUUUUUUCAUUGGCAAAGUAAAAAGAAAGAAAAAGACAGCAGCAGUUACUGAUCCUUCUUCAGCAAAAGAAAAAGUUAGGGUUCAGAAAAAUCUGGUCAAGAAAGAAGAAAACACGAUGCUUGGGACAGCACAAGAUUUGAUCCUGAAAGAAGGAAAGCCACAUGGAAAAGAGAGCAAGCUGGAAUCAGUGUUCUGCAGUUCUUUGUCCACCUCUAAUCCAAAAUCUCAAAACAGAAGAAGAAAUAGUAAAGACCAGCCUCUCAAAAAUGGAAGGACAGCUUUUCUUAAAAAGGAACCACAGUUCAGGAAGCAACCAUUUACAAAAGCUGCAGGUGUUAAAUGUGACAAUAAGAAAGAGCAGCCUCUUCAUCCAUCAUGGGAAGCAAGCAAGCGACGCCGGGAACAAAUGUCUCAGAUUACAGCAUUCCAAGGGAAAAAGAUAAAAUUUGAUGACUAG